UCACUUCUUCGGGUGAAAAGUAGGAAAGAGAGAUUGCUGUCAUGAUGGAAUGCACGGCAUCUGACAGCUCUCACAAAAAUGUAUGGAGCGCUGAGAAUUGUUGCUGAAGGGCGAUAUAAAGUCGAGGCGGGUAGGAAACUGGCGACAUGUUGGCUCUAUAAUAGAGAACGUCGUGUUUUAAACUACGGCGCCGUGGAGCCAACAUGGCGAGAACAGGGAUGCCGUUUCCUAGCAUCUACCGCCAACAACAAGCUUCGAAUCCAAGGAGCUGCGUUUGGUAUCCAGGAAGUGAGAUCAGUGGGAGUUCGUCUAGUUGUGGGUCUAAGAUCGGAAAGAGCCGAGUUCUUUCCAAAAAAAAAAACAAAAAAAAAACUUUUCCCCCAAAAAAUUGGGGGGGUGGUUUAAGACCUAAAUUAAAAAACAAACAAACAAAAAAAAAACACUUUUGAUGCAGGUUAAAAAAAAGAGCUUUCAAUAUUUUAAUUGUAUAUCCAUGCAACACAGAAACUAAAAUUUUGUAGGCCUUCCAACGCCGUUUAUAAAACAUGUUAUUAUUCUACUUAGUUUAGGAGGAACGACGGAAGAAGAGAAAUAAUAAAAAAAAAAUUUGUAGAAACCAAAAAUGGAGAGAGUAACAAGCAGAGAAGAGAGAGGAGAGAGGCAGGGAGAAGUUGCGGGAUUAAGAAACACACCUGAUUGUAAACGGAUGUAAAUCCCGAAGAUUAUAAAGAUUUGAAAAAAAGCAAAACUGCUACUUCUAAUAACGAAGGCACGCCAGACUAGAAAAUGGCACUGCGGUAAACAUGCCCACUUGGACCAGCGACGCAAUCGUUAUGUGAUGGGCUGUGGGGCGAGCAAAGUACUUCCUGAGCCGCCCAAGGAUGUCCAGCUGGACCUGGUCAAGAAGGUGGAGCCCUACACCGGCCAGACUACUGACAAGUACAAGCACUUCAUCAAGGACGAUGGCAGCGGGGGCAAGGCUGUUGACAAGAUGGGCUCUCCCUCCCCACCACAGGCCACCAACAACCCCUACCCUGGGGGACCGGCCAACGGCCACCCGGACCCCGGCGACCCAAGAAGGAACAAGGUGGCCAAGUACCGGGCCAAGUUUGACUCUCGGGUCACGGCCAAGUACGAUAUCAAAGCCCUGAUCGGGCGUGGGAGCUUCAGCAGGGUGGUGAGGGUGGAGCACAAGAGCACCAAGCAGCCGUACGCCAUCAAGAUGAUCGAGACCAGGUACAGGGAGGGCCGGGAGGUGUGCGAGUCGGAGCUCAACGUGCUCCGCAGGGUGCGGCACACCAACAUCAUCCAGCUCAUCGAGGUGUUUGAGACGCAGGAGCGCGUCUACAUGGUUAUGGAGCUGGCCACUGGCGGGGAGCUGUUCGACCGCAUCAUCGCCAAGGGCUCCUUCACCGAGCGGGAUGCCACGCGGGUCCUGCAGAUGGUCCUGGACGGGGUGAAGUACCUGCACACCUUGGGGAUCACGCACCGCGACUUGAAACCAGAGAACCUGCUGUACUACCACCCGGGCAGCGACUCCAAAAUCAUGAUCACAGACUUCGGUCUGGCCAGCACCCGUAAAAAAGGGGAUGAGUGCCUUAUGAAAACGACUUGCGGCACACCUGAGUACAUUGCCCCCGAGAUCCUUGUGCGGAAGCCCUACACUAACGCUGUGGAUAUGUGGGCACUGGGGGUGAUCUCUUAUAUACUGCUUAGUGGCACCAUGCCAUUUGAAGAUGAUAAUAGGACACGGCUGUACAGGCAGAUAUUGAAGGGAAAAUACAGUUACUCGGGGGAGCCCUGGCCAAGUGUUUCCAACCUUGCCAAAGACUUUGUUGACCGUGUGGUCACUGUCGACCCCAACGAGCGGAUGACGGCCAGCCAAGCCUUGAAGCACCCCUGGAUCGUGACCAUGGCUGCCUCCUCUUCUAUGAAGAACCUGCACCGCUCCAUUUCCCAGAACCUCCUGAAGAGGGCGUCGUCACGCUGCCAGAGCACCAAGUCUGCUCAGUCCACGCGCUCCAGCCGCUCCACCAAAUCCAACAAGUCGAGGCGCGUGCGGGAGCGCGAACUGCGGGAACUCAACCUGCGCUACCAGAAGCAGUAAGAGGGAGGACUGAGAGAGAACUGCAGGAACUCAACCUGCGCUACCAGAAGCAGUAAGAGGGAGGGCUGAGAGAGAACUGCAGGAACUCAACCUGCACUACCAGCAGCACUAAGAGGGAGGACUGAGAGAGAACUGCAGGAACUCAACCUGCACUACCAGCAGCAGUAAGAGGGAGGGCUGAGAGAGAACUGCAGGAACUCAACCUGCACUACCAGCAGCAGUAAGAGGGAGGACUGAGAGAGAACUGCAGGAACUCAACCUGCACUACCAGCAGCAGUAAGAGGGAGGACUGAGAGAGAACUGCAGGAACUCAACCUGCACUACCAGCAGCAGUAAGAGGGAGGACUGAGAGAGAACUGCAGGAACUCAACCUGCACUACCAGCAGCAGUAAGAGGGAGGACUGAGAGAGAACUGCAGGAACUCAACCUGCACUACCAGCAGCAGUAAGAGGGAGGACUGAGAGAGAACUGCAGGAAUUCAACCUGCACUACCAGCAGCAGUAAGAGGGAGGACUGAGAGAGAACUGCAGGAACUCAACCUGCACUACUAGCAGCAGUAAGAGGGAGGACUGAGAGAGAACUGCAGGAACUCAACCUGCACUACCAGCAGCAGUAAGAGGGAGGACUGAGAGAGAACUGCAGGAACUCAACCUGCACUACCAGCAGCAGUAAGAGGGAGGACUGAGAGAGAACUGCAGGAAUUCAACCUGCACUACCAGCAGCAGUAAGAGGGAGGACUGAGAGAGAACUGCAGGAAUCUUAGAUUAUAUAUAUAUAUAUAUAUAUAUAUAUAUAUAUAUAUAUAUAUAUAUAUUACUGUACCUUCUCUUAAUUUUAGACCUAGUCCAAAAAAUCUGAGUCUGGGCUCUUCAUCAAUUCACCAACUCCAUUAUUUAGAAGAGGAAAAAAAAGUUUCCAUUUACAAUUGAUAUGAAGGAAAAUAUGUAACAGUGGUGUUAUAAAAACAUGUAAUUAAGGCAUUAUGAAAAACCCUUAGAAUUGCUUAACAUUAACCAGUCAAAUACUCACAUAACACUUGUCUAUAAUUAUCUGCACCAUUUAUCAAUUUGGUUAUUAUUGAUCCUUAGGCUAUAGCGUGUGUUGUGUGUAUAUGUGUAUAUAUAUAUAUAUAUAUAUAUAUAUAUAUAUAUAUAUAUAUAUAUAUAUAUAUAUAAUGGGUCUACUUAAAUUGCAGAGAAUUUACAUAUUUUUCGUGGGUAGGUUAUGGAAAAAAGUUAGGAUUUCGCUGACCUGUUGAAACAGUCCCAUAACUCGGUUACCCAAGGGCAUCUGGCAUUCUUUAAUAAAUGCCAUAUAUGCAACAUGUUCAUUGUCAUGUUGUUUGUCUCAUCCAGGAAUUAAUUUUAUUAGUACCGAGUCAAAAGAAAGAAAACGUGCCGAUUCGGGUGUAAAAUUCUAAAUGUGUUUAAAAGGUAAGCAGCAGGUUGUUUGAAGCAAGGUGGCUGUGCUGGAUCGUACCUGUAGUACUGAUUUAACUUUAAAAAAAAAAAAAACUUUGUACUGAUCAUCAGCACUUUUAAAGGGACCUACAGUGUGAACAAUGGGCUCAGAAAUGGUACUUGUAAUUAAUAAAUGAUCUUUAUAGACCGGGCAGCCCAUAGGCUUGUGGCAUAGUGACUCAACUUCCAUCAUCAAAGAAUGAAUUGAUGACACAGCAUUGCCAAUAUCGGAAUAACCCAAUAUCUUUAUGCAUUGGAUUACAAAUGUUAAAUCAGUUCGGCUGGCCACAGCCUAGUAUCUCUCGGACAAAUCUAGAAGUUCAGAAGUUUGUUCUGCAGCCUCUCAUGGCUUUUUAAAUGCUGCUGAAAGAUUAACACUGAUUUCCUAAAAAACAAAAAAAAAAAAAGGAAAAGUAAUUGAACCAAUACACUGAGGCUUGUGAGUUUCAUAAUUGUGUGUAAUUAACAAAUGUUGUUAGAAACUACAAAUAUUGAAAAGGCAUUUUAGGCAUGCCUAAUUAAAUUAGAAACUUUGUUUUGUACUAUGGCAAUUAAUGUUUUGACAUUUUUUUUUACAUUUGGACAUUUUGCCCCAUUGAGUACAAAGUGAAAAAACAGCACUUUCUCCUUAACAAAGGUUGAAAUUGUAGAUUUGUGUAUUUGUUUAUGUCACUGAUAUGUUUUUAUAUUUUAUAAUGAUGGCUAAUAAUGAAUAGAUUUUAUUAAUUUACUUUAACAAUGAACUGGUUCUGUCUUGUUCAUAAUGUGCCUAGAAAAUAAACUAUAUAAUGUUGUGUUUGAUUUACAAUGAA